AUGGCUCAGCGUGUGGCUAUUAUCGGAGGGGGCAGUUCUGGACUGUCCUGCAUCAAGUGCUGCUUAGUUGAAGGUCUGGAACCAGUAUGCUUUGAGAGCAGUGAUGACAUUGGAGGACUCUGGAAAUUUAAGGAGACACUAGAGGCUGAGCAGUCCAGCAUGUACCGCUCACUGGUCGUGAACACGUCAAAAGAAAUGAUGUGCUACAGUGACUUUCCCAUGCCAGAACACUACCCAAACUACAUGCACCACUCCAAGUUGCUGCAGUAUUUAAGACUAUAUGCUGAACACUUUGAUCUACUCAAGUAUAUUCGCUUUCAGACCAAAGUGCUCAGUGUGACACAAAGGCAUGACUUCUCUUGCUCGGGUCAGUGGGACGUUGUAACUAAAAACAGAGAUGGACAUGAAGAAACUCUGGUGUUUGAUGCUGUUCUAGUGUGUUCGGGCCACUUCACACACCCUUUUACACCACUCUCAGCAUUUCCUGGAAUAGACACAUUUUCAGGGAAGUGCUACCACAGUUGGGAGUAUAAAGAUCCACAUCCGUUUGUUGGGAAGAAGGUGGUGGUUAUUGGGAUUGGAAACUCUGGAGGUGAUAUUGCUGUAGAGAUCAGUAGAGUUGCAGAGAAAACUUUCCUGAGCACACGUAAAGGAGCAUGGGUUGUAGGCCGUUUGGCCAAGAAUGGCCUACCUUUGGAUACAAUGAUGGUGACACGUUCGAAUGCCCUGCUGCUUCAGCUGUUUCCUCGAGCUCUUCUAAACUGGGCAGUAGAGAGAUCCUACAACCAGAAAUAUAACCACAGACUCUACAGCCUGCAGCCCAGACACAGGAUACUUGAUCAACGGCCCGUCAUUAAUGAUGACCUUCCAGGACGCAUUCUGCAGGGGGCACUGGAGGUGAAGCCAAACAUCAGAGAGUUUCAAGGCUCAACUGUUGUUUUUGAUAAUGACGCUGUAGAAAAGGGAAUUGAUGCAGUUGUCUUUUGUACUGGAUACAUGGCAACCUUUCCAUUCUUAUCAUCUUCCAUGAAUAAUGAGCUUCAUAAUGAACUGAGUCUUUUCAGGAGAGUUUUCCCUCCGUUCCUAGAACACCCUACAAUGGCCUUUAUAGGGCUGCUUAAUGCUUCAGGACCCAUAAUGCCUCUGGUGGAAAUGCAAGCAAGAUGGGCCUGCCGAGUCUUUGCAGGUUUGAAUCAUCUUCCCCCUGCAGCAAAAAUGCUCAAAAUCACUGAGAAAGACUGGAAGGCAAACAAACAAAGAUACUCUUGUCCAAAGAAAGCUGCACUUGAGGUGGAUUACAUCCCCUACAUGGAUUCCAUUGCGCAGGAAAUAGGUGUACACCCGAGCCUCUCGUGGUUGCUCCUGACUGACCCUGUUUUGGGCUUAAAUGUUUUCUUUGGUCCAUGCACACCAUACCAGUUUCGGCUGUGUGGGCCAGGCCAGUGGAGUGGAGCGCGCCAGGCCAUCCUUACCCAGUGGAAGCGUGUGACCAAGCCACUAAUGACGCGUCCUAUUCCAGGGCCUGAAUCUUCUGGCCUAACUUACUGGCUUAGUUUGACAGGAGGGGUUAUUCUGCUUGUUGCUGUCAUUGCACUGCACAGAAGAAAAGAAAUCUUUAUUAACAAUCAAAUUUCAAGGCUGACAUUUGUGUGACAGUAUGCUGAAUGUGAUUGUCAACAUAUUAUUGUAUUGUAUAUUGUUUUUAGUACAGUUACCUACAGUUACUUAAAUAGAUUGUCCUAAAUAGAUUUUGAGGGUUGCUCAGGUGGCGCAGCAAUCUAAUGCACUAGCCCACCACGGGAUGGUCACUUAGUACCAUCACCAAAUGAUGAAAGCCUUGGUCUCGCCAGUAGUCACAUACUGUAUGGAUGUGAAACCUGGACAUUGAACAGGUGGAAGAAAGACACAGUCAGCCGCUCAGGUGGCGCAGCGGUAAAGUACGCUAGUGCACCAGAGUUGGGUUUCUAAAUACAUCGUAUCGAAACUCAGCUCUGCCUUUCCGACUGGGUUGGGCGGCAGUAUGAACAACGUUUGGCUGUUGUUCAGGGUUAGGGGUAGAGUCGGAGCAUAGGUCCUCAUAACUGGUGCGACUGCGGCCCCUGCUGCUUGACUGACGGCGCCUGCACAGGGCUGAGGAAUAACAUUGAGGGGGGUGUGACCCUCCGUGCGCAGUGUCUCUCGGUGUAUGAACUCGGCUCGUGCAGGUGAAAAAUGCAGGCUGUACUGAUUGCAUGCCGGAGGGGGCGCAAGUCAGUUGAGUGGCGUCCUCAGUCAGCGGCAAAAGGGUUGAAUCAGUAUAGAGGACACAAUCAGGGUAAUUGGACAUGACUAGAAUAGGGAUAAAAAUUGGGGGGGAAAAGUGGGAAAAAAUAGAUAAUAAAAAAAAAAAAAAAGAAAGACAUGACAUAAGAUAUAAAU